CUCACUCUCCUCUUUCCUUAACUAAAAUAAGGCCACACACUCCAUGCGACUCCUUCACUUUGACGCGUUGAGCAGGCUCGUCCUGACAGAUUUUCGCGGCAAACGCAUUCCACCCUACGCCAUCCUAUCGCACAGAUGGAGCGACUCAGAGAUCCUCAUCGAAGACAUAACAAGCAAGACGUAUAAGGAGAAAGAGGAAGGCUAUAAGAAGCUUAUGUUUUGCGCCGGGCAGGCGGCACAGGACGAGCUGCAGUACUUCUGGAUCGACACAUGCUGCAUCGACAGAUGGAACAACAACGAGCGCUCAAGUGCCAUCAACUCCAUGUUCCAGUGGUAUAAGAAUGCGACGCGAUGCUACGUCUUUCUGUCAGAUGUGUCGGUGUCGACUGCAACAAAGCUGGUACAGCGCAGCGACUGGGAGGCGUCGUUCCGUGCAAGCGCAUGGUUCACCCGCGGGUGGACACUGCAAGAGCUAAUUGCGCCAUUAUCAGUGGAGUUCUUUUCGCGCGAAGGACUGCGCAUAGGCGACAAAACGUCGCUCGAUCAACUACUCCACACUAUCACUAGCAUUCCGCUUACAGCACUGCGCAACUAUCCCCUUAACCAAUUCAGCACAUCUGAGCGCAUGCGAUGGGCUGAAAAUCGCGUAACGACUGAGAAAGAGGAUAUAGUAUACUGCCUACUUGGACUUCUUAGCGUCUCUAUGCCUGUAACGUAUGGCGAAGGACAGGAGAGCGCAUUAGAAAGACUGCAGGCUGAAAUACAGGGAGUUAGCAGCGCACCGUCUAUCAUUCCGUUCUCGCGUAACAAGUCUUUUGUGGGCCGUGAACUGCAGCUUGCGGAGCUAGAGGCGAAGCUCUUCAGCAAUAAGCAAAGCACUACCACCCUAGCGAUCGUUGGGCCUGGCGGAACGGGCAAGUCACAGCUUGCGCUCGAGGUUGCACACCGAGCAAGGCAGCACGAUGUAGAUUGCGCGGUGUUCUGGAUGGAUGCGAGCCACAAGGACAGCCUCUACCAGUCGUAUGCAAGCGUUGCGCAGAAGCUUAGUAUCCCUGGAUGGAAUAAUAGUGAUCUGGCAGAUAUGAAGCAGGUCAUAAAGCACUGUGUGGCAGAGCUGAGGGAGCGGCAGUGUUUGCUGGUGUUCGACAAUGUAGAUGACAUCGCUCUACUAUCUAGCAGCUCGUCAACGGUAGAUGCGACAGGCUUAGCUGACUACCUGCCACAGUCCACACGAUGUUCUGUGAUCUUCACAACAAUAAGCACCAAAAUAGCUAAGACGCUUGCUCCACAAAAUGUUAUAGCGUUACAUGAGAUGACGGCAGAUACGGCGUUAAGAAUACUGCAAAACAGUUUGUCAAGGCCACUCUCACCUAUAGAGCAACAACAGUCGGACCUCUUGCUUAGAGAGCUUUUGUACCUGCCUAUAGCAAUCGUGCAUGCAGCCGCGUGUAUGAGUGCUAGUGAGAUGACUGUGCAGGAGUACGCAACACAACUCGACAAGCACAAAAGCAUAGUUCACGAGUACAACAACGACUUGCUCGAGCACAGGCCGCAGAACUGCGGUCUAGGAAGCCCUAUUGCUGCUACAUUAUCUCUAUCUAUCAGCCAAGUUCGCCAUAGAAACGCGAUCGCUGCAGACUAUCUUUUCCUUGCUGCAUGCGUGGAUCGAAAAGACAUUGCGCUCGACCUUCUUGAGACAUCGUCGCUGCAGGCCCGGGAAGAUUCCAUUAAGGUGCUGGACAAGUAUGCGCUUAUCACUAGGCGCCCGGCCGAAUCAGCACUAGAUGUCCAUAGGCUGGUGCAUGAUGCUCUACGUGCUAGACUACAAGCUCAGGGACAGCUCCAACAUUGGACUCAACGCGUUAUUACACAGUUAGUCCAGGUGUUUCCGAACGGUGAUCAUAGUAAUAGAAGCAAGUGGAGGCGCUUACUUCCGCAUGCCCUAUAUACUCUUUCGUAUAGUCAGACAGACGAUAACGACAAGAAAAGGCUAGAUCUUGUAUGGAAAUGUGCCAUGAGUCUAUACGAUGAUGGGAGGUACAAGGAAGCUGAAGAGCUGUUUGUGCAAGUGAUGCAGACGAGCAAGAGAGUGCUUGGUGACGAGCAUCCAGACACGCUGACCAGCAUGGCCAACCUGGCGUCGACGUACUGGAACCAAGGGCACUGGGGCAGGGCCGAAGAGCUAGAUGUGCAAGUGAUGCAGACGAGGAAGAGAGUGCUUGGUGACGAGCAUCCAGACACGCUGACCAGCAUGGCCAACCUGGCGUCGACGUAUAAGGACCAAGGGCACUGGGGCAAGGCCGAAGAGCUGUUUGUGCAAGUGAUGCAGACGAGCAAGAGAGUGCUUGGUGACGAGCAUCCAGACACGCUGACCAGCAUGGCCAACCUGGCGUCGACGUAUAGGGACCAAGGGCACUGGGGCAGGGCCGAAGAGCUAGAUGUGCAAGUGAUGCAGACGAGCAAGAGAGUGCUUGGCGACGAGCAUCCAGACACGCUGACCAGCAUGGCCAACCUGGCCAUGCACAAUCUUGCUUAUACGCUGCAUUCACAAGAUCGUCGAGAGGAGGCUCUUUCGAUGAUGGAAAGAUGCUUCCAGUCGCGCCAGCGCAUUCUUGGAAUACAACACCCUGAUACGCGGUCGUCACUCGAGGCGCUGAGCGGUUGGUAA